CGAACAAGAUCCCAAGAAAAAGAAAAAGAAAAACACCAGAAACUCAUCAGACGAGAGUAAUGAACUAUCGGUCUCUUUCUUUUGGUCGCACGUCUGAAUCAUAAUCAAAAGACCUUUCUUUGUCCCCGUGACAGAUCCUUAUCAACCAAACCUCACCCGACCCACCCAUUCCUUUCAUUUCCCCUAAUCAAACUCCUGAGGGUUGCUGUAAUUUUAGCUCCGUAUUCGUCCUUCUUCUCCGGACAAUCUGAACCACAUGUAAAACUGAAAGUUUGGUGUUUGAUUGCGCCGUUAAGGACAUCCCGGUCGGAAAAAUUAGGCUCCGGCUGGUCUUUCAGGUUGCGAACAGUGGAGGAGAUACAUCUUUAAAGAAAGAUGGCAAAGAGCAAACACAACAAGAAGCCACCGUUACUACGUUGCUCACCGUUUUCGUUAGUGUCAACACUCGUGGGAUGUGUUUUCACGAUUCAUCUCAUCAGUUUAUACAGCAGAAACUACAGCGUAGAUCUCGAAGUCUCUUCUCGGUUACUAACCCACCAUCCCAUCGUCCGCGAGCUAGAACGAGUCGAAGAAGAGAACAUUCACAUGCCACCUCCUAGGAAGCGUUCUGCACGAGCCAUCAAACGCAAACCCAAAAGACCAACCACUUUAGUCGAAGAGUUUCUCGACGAGAACUCGCAGAUCCGCCAUCUUUUCUUUCCGGACACGAGAUCAGCUUUUGGUCCGACCAGAGAUGGUAACGACACAUUGCUGCACAACUUCUUCCCUGGGAAGAUUUGGUUGGACACGGAAGGGAAUCCGAUUCAAGCACACGGUGGUGGCAUUUUGUUUGAUGAAAUCUCCAAUAGUUACUAUUGGUAUGGUGAAUAUAAAGAUGGACCAACGUAUCUCUCUUACAAGAACGGACCCGCUCGAGUUGAUAUAAUAGGUGUUGGAUGCUACUCGUCGAAAGACUUAUGGACAUGGAAGAAUGAAGGUGUUGUAUUAGCAGCCGAAGAGACGGACGAGACACAUGACUUACACAAAUCCAACGUCCUCGAGCGUCCCAAAGUGAUAUACAACUCGGGAACAGGGAAGUACGUGAUGUGGAUGCAUAUAGACGAUGCAAACUACACGAAAGCUUCCGUCGGUGUAGCCAUAAGCGACGCACCAACGGGUCCGUUCGAUUACUUAUACAGCAAAUCACCGCACGGGUUCGACAGCAGAGACAUGACCAUCUUCAAAGACGACGAUAACACGGCCUACUUGAUAUACUCGUCAGAGGACAACAGCGUGCUCCACAUCGGUCCCUUGACCGAGGAUUACCUCGACGUGAAACCGGUUAUGAAGAGGAUCAUGGUGGGACAACACAGAGAAGCGCCGGCUGUUUUCAAACACCAGAACACUUACUACAUGGUCACGUCUGGCUGUACGGGUUGGGCGCCAAACGAAGCGUUGGCUCAUGCAGCAGAGUCGGUGAUGGGACCGUGGGAGACGUUGGGGAACCCUUGUGUUGGUGGGAACAAGGUUUUUCGGAUGACGACAUUUUUCUCGCAGAGCACGUAUGUGAUACCGUUGCCUGGUGUUCCCGGUGCGUUUAUAUUUAUGGCGGAUAGGUGGAACCCGGCGGAUUUGAGAGAUUCGAGGUAUCUGUGGUUGCCGUUGAUAGUUGGUGGUCCGGCUGAUAGGCCGUUGGAGUUUACUUUUGGGUUUCCGAUGUGGUCGAGAGUUUCUGUGUAUUGGCAUAGACAAUGGCGGUUGCCUUUAGGAGGAGGGAGGAUGAUUGCUUAGGGGAGAAGACGGGAGCUUUUCAAACUCUUUUUUUCACUUGUGUCUUCUUCUUCUUUUGUUUGUUGUGCUGCUGCUUAUUGCUGUUGUUGUUGUGUUGCUUUUUACAGGUAGAGAGAUAGAGAGUUUAUAGGCCUUUGUUAAUAAAUAACAUUAUUAACAGAUCAGUUUGAGGAUAAUAGUGUGAACUCUGUCACCUUUCUUUGAGGACAGGACACAGUUCUGUAAGAGUGUAUUCAGUUCCGGUUUAGUUUGGUUUAAA